AUGGAGGCAAUGCUCCAACAGUCCCGGGCCAUGUGCCCCUUCCUCAAGCGCACCUCGCCCACCGCUCUGCGCACCCUCUCUACCGCUACUCGUCCCAGCACCGGAGGCGGUACCAUGUCCAACCUCCAGGUCCUGGCCCGCCGCUGCCCCGUCAUGAACAAGGCCCUCGCGGUGCAAAGUGCCCGUAUGAGCGGUACUAAGCGAUUCACCUCCUGCGCGGCCGGCAUUCCCAGCAUCAAGCCCUACAAGGCCCCGACGGGCAGUCGUGCGCUGCACACGACCGGCGGUCACCCGGCCAGUGUUACCUCCGAGUCCUACGAGAAGAACGAGCAGGUUCAUCGUAACAUCCCUCGCUCGAUUCGUUCCGCCCACGCCACCGAUCCAGCGGUCCGCGGCGGUCCCCGCCCGGAGGCCCCGAGCAACGGCCACUUCGACUACAAUGGCUUUUAUAAUGGCGAGCUGGAGAAGAAGCACAAGGACAAGUCGUACCGCUACUUCAAUAACAUCAACCGACUGGCCAAGGAAUUCCCUCGGGCCCACACCGCCUCUGCGGAGGAGCGCGUGACCGUCUGGUGCUCCAACGACUAUCUCGGCAUGGGCCGCAAUACGCAGGUCUUGGAGUCCAUGCACCGUACCUUGGAUACCUACGGUGCCGGUGCCGGUGGUACACGGAACAUCUCCGGCCACAACAAGCACGCCGUCGCUCUGGAAGAUACUCUUGCCAAGCUGCACGGAAAGGAGUCCGCGCUGGUCUUCAGCUCGUGCUUCGUAGCUAACGAUGCAACCCUCGCUACCCUCGGCAGCAAGAUGCCUGACUGCGUGAUCCUGUCCGACAGUCUGAACCACGCAUCUAUGAUCCAGGGUAUCCGUCACUCCGGUGCGAAGAAGAUGGUCUUCAAGCACAACGACCUGCAAGACCUGGAGGCCAAGCUUGCGUCCCUACCGCCUCAUGUGCCCAAGAUUAUUGCAUUUGAGUCUGUUUAUAGUAUGUGCGGCUCCAUUGCUCCGAUUGAAAAGAUCUGUGACCUUGCCGAUAAGUACGGCGCCAUCACUUUCUUGGAUGAGGUGCAUGCCGUCGGCAUGUAUGGGCCUCACGGAGCCGGUGUCGCUGAACAUCUCGACUACGAUGCCUAUGCCUCGCAGGAUACCGCUUCGCCCCAGAGCACCAAGGGCACCGUCAUGGACCGCAUUGAUAUCAUCACUGGUACCCUGGGCAAGGCCUACGGCUGUGUCGGCGGCUAUAUUGCCGGUUCUUCGGCUCUGGUCGACACCAUCCGUUCCCUGGCCCCGGGCUUCAUCUUCACCACCUCUCUGCCCCCUGCCACCAUGGCCGGUGCCGACACCGCCAUCCAGUACCAGGCCCAGCAGCCCCGUGACCGGGUCCUCCAGCAGCUGCACACCCGCGCAGUCAAGUCCGCGCUGAAGGAGCUGGAUAUCCCCGUAAUCCCCAACCCCUCCCACAUCGUCCCGCUUCUAGUUGGCGACGCCGAGCUCGCCAAGCGUGCCUCCGAUAAGCUGCUCGAAGACCACGGGAUCUACGUCCAGGCCAUCAACUACCCCACCGUCCCGCGCGGUGAAGAGCGUCUGCGCAUCACCCCAACCCCAGGCCACGUCAAGCCUCUGCGCGACCACCUCGUCCAGGCCGUCCAAGCCGUCUGGAACGAUCUGGGCAUCAAGCGCGCCAGCGACUGGCAGAACCUCGGCGGUUUCGUCGGCGUCGGCGUCGAGGGCGCCGAAGAAGCCAAUGAGCCCAUCUGGGAAGAAUCCCAGCUCGGCCUGGCCGCCAGCGAGUCUCUCGAGGGCGCCAUCGCCCGUGAGCUCAGCGCCGAAGCAGCCCAGAAGACCGCGCCUCAGUUGAAGACCGGCACCCCGGUCGGCACUCGUGCGCACUCCGCCAUCGGCGCCACCCCCGUCGGUGUCGCCGCAUAG